AUGUCUUCACAUACUCACACUCUCAACCCGGCUCCUACAGCCCUAUCGAAUGAACCUCACGAGGCCGUUCCUCCGUCAGUCGUAGCUAGCGGAACGGGUUUACCUGCAGCUCCAAUCGAACAUGCUGAAGCGCAGCAGGCGGCUACUGCACCUGGAUCAGGAGGUGUAGUCGAACAACCUAACCCGAAUACCGAAGAGAAAGUCACAUUCAAGGAUCAGGUCAAUGGCUAUGCCAAGAAAUUCGCAGGAGCGGUAUUCAGGAAUGAUGGCGAGAAGGAAUUCGGUGAGAAGAAGCUACAAGGCGAGGCUUAG